GCGCUUUGGAGGAGGGUCUGGCAAAGCGAGACUAGAUUGUAUGUGACAUCCAUAAACUUCAUAUCCCAGAAUGCCUUUCGGUACAUCCAGCCCCCAACUGGAACCUUUGCGUGGUAAAACUUAAAUCACGGGCGGGAGAAGACCGAGUCAGUCGGUUGGCGAAGUUGUAGCGUUUAAAGUUUUAAACCGAAAGUUGGAAAUAGUUUUUUCCACCGCUGACUCAUUUUCCAAUGAGUUGAAUACAACGUUGGAUUGUUUUUUUUGGGGUCGAAGAGGAGGCAAGAUAACGACAUUUUAAGCAACGUUAUCGACUGAACUUAACGUUACCAAGGAGAGACGGGGAAGUGAUUCAACAGGUCUGUUUGCUCAAAGUUUAAAGAUGAUCAUGAAGGGGCAGAAGCGUAAACACCCACCAGAGGACGUGGAGGUUUCAGACCCGAGCAGCCCUACCUGGGAGAGCCAGCGCCAGUUUGUGUUCUCAGUUUCCCUGAACAAGUAUCAGCGUGGCCAGGAGCUACCUGAACCCAGCCUGCGGCGGUCUGUUCUGAUAGCCAACACGCUGCGGCAGGUCAGCCAUGAGGCUUGUAGGGUGCCCUCUGUAGACAUGGAGGUGCCACAACCACUUUGUAGCUCUUCAUCUGAACUUCAGGAGAGUACUUUUACUGGAGUCGAAGCAAAACAUCACUCUGCAGUGAUGUUGUCUAACAGCCACUCAGCUCUUGUCAGCUGCCCUGUGGUUUCUUUGAAUAACUUGUCAAAUUGUGCCACAAGUAGGUCUCCUGCAACUUGCCACUUAAGUGCGUCAAAUGUCCCUCUGUCUGUCAAAGACGAAGAUGAGGACUGGGGAUCGAUGUCCACGGAUUCCGAUUUCUCCCUUUCAGCUGCCAUCUCCUCCAUUCUCACUGCACUGGACUCUACCAUUGACGGGAGCCCACAGGCAGCUCCACGGACACCUCUCAGGUCCUUGGAGAACCUGUCGGGGCCCUCUGAUGGCGGCGUGGCAUGGGGGAAACAGGCAGUCCGAGGUAACGGGGGAAGCUGGGAGCAGCAGGAAGAGUUGAGGGUGCCGGAGAGCAGCGUGGAAGUGAUGAGGUCCAGCUACCUCAGUGAGGUCACUGUGGAGGAUUUGUUCCAGGAUAUAGACACGUCCCUGCUGGAGAGGGACAUGGGAGUGCUUGGGCUCCGAGGCAGUGGAGGUGGAUACCAGGCCGGGGACGAUCUGUUACGGUAUCUGCAGCCUUUCUCCUCCUCCUUCCCCCCCUCAAACCCCUUCUCUCUCUCUCUCAACCACAAUCUAAAGUGCCUGCCUUCGUUCUCCUCAUUCUGCCCAUUGUCUUCCUCGUCCUCCUCUUCGCCAGCCUUCCUUAGUCCGAAUCUUGUGAGAGAAGGACUCGAGCUGGAGCAUCUGAUGGAGAUCCUGGUUGAGUCCUGAUUGCUUCAACGUCCUCAUACUGUAAGGAAGUAACCUGAACACCCAUUAACAUAAAUUAGUGGACAAAAAACCCGGAAUAUUCACUUUGUUGUUUUUAUAUAUUGCUGAAGAAAUAGUGUAUUAUGGGCUUUAGAAAGUAGUAAGAAUGCUCUAGAAAUGUAGAAAUGGUAAGACAGGAAAUGCUCCAUAGGUGGGCGUGCAUGUGGAGUAGCGGUGAUGCGCGUGGCAGCUUUUUGUGCAACAUGAAUUGUUUCUGUUUCCCGGCAGAAAGGGAGUAAAGCGAUGCGUAAGCCAGAUAAAGCUGCGUUUUUUUUUUUUCACAAUGGCUGAGCCAAUGAGUCAGUGCAUAAUGAACUGGUGAAAAAGCGGCUUUACUAGAGCUUUGAGUGUGACUCGGCUAGUUGGAACUAGGGAAGGGAGGUAUCUGAUUAGAAAACUAAUAAAGACUUAUUCAGCAAAUGAGAAGGAUCAUCAGAUCAUCAGUCACGUACUGGUGCUGAUUCAUGCAGUGGACUGAACUUUGGGCGACUCAUGGGAUAAAUCCCUUAAAACGCCAGCGUAACAACGUUAACGUGAGUUCCGAGAGAAUGUGAUUUGGCUGGUGUUUGAAGGAGAACGGUUGAACCAAUAUACCUAUUGGUCAAACUUCUGUGAAGAAAUCUUUUAACCUCAUAUUUAUCAAUCAGUUCUAACAGGGGCGUGGUAUCGGGUGCUAAAGGCCCUGACGCAGCAACCAGACGGCCGACCGGCGGCAGAAGAGGCAGUCGGACCGACUGCCUCCCCGAGUUGGUCAAA